CUCCUUCCCCCCUGCAAGUAACAAACAGUCCCUAAUUUGAUCUAAUUUUAACAACCCUGUGAUUUUAAUGCACAGCCUGCAGGCAUACGUUAAGCACCUGUGAGACAACACUGAGGGCAGACCAUCCCACUUCAUUGUGAGGCCACAUCCUGUUUACUGUACUCCAGUCAAACGGCUCUGCUGUGGUGUGGAUCAAGUGUGUAAAGGAGAGCUGAAAUGACACCGCCUUCGAUCUAAACACGAUCAGUCUGCUGUAAAUACAAGGAACUUUCUUCUUGGCCUCAGUUCCUGCCAGCACCACCAUGUCGUGCCGGGACAUCCAUGCCACCAACGCAUUUGCCUUCAUCAUUGCCUUUGUGUCUGUGGGAGGGAUCGCUGUGGCAACGUUAAUCCCACAGUGGCGUAUAACAAGACUCAUCACCUUCAAUCGUAAUGCCAAGAAUAUCAGCGUGUAUGACGGGCUGUGGGCUAAAUGUGUGAAACAGGAUGGCUAUUCAGGAUGUUACUACUAUGAUUCAGAGUGGUACUCAAAAGUAGACCAGCUGGAUCUGCGGCUCCUGCAGUUCUGUCUGCCUACAGGCCUGCUGUUCGGCUCUAUCGCCUUGCUGCUGUGCAUGGCAGGAAUGUGUAAGACCUGCUGCUGCUCAGACAAGCCCGAACCGGACAUUAAAACUAUCAGAUUUUUGGUCAACAAUGCAGGCUGUCACCUGGUGGCCGGGAUGUUCCUGUUCCUGGGUGGAGCUAUCGCCAUCGCACCCUCAGUGUGGUUCCUGUUCCGCACCAAGGAAAUGAACAUCAAAUACGACAAAAUCUUCUCAGAUGGUUUUGCUGUGUAUGUAGCUAUAGGCUGCUCUGGAGGACUGAUGCUGGCCGCCCUGCUGAUGUUCAUGUGGUACUGCAUGUGUAAAAAGUUGCCUUCGCCCUUCUGGUUGCCGCUGCCCUCCAUGACUACCUCUCUGUCUGCCCAGCCUCUCACUGCCAACGGAUAUCCUCCUUCCCCAGUUUACGGUCCUCAGCCCUUCCCACCACAGACCUUUCCACCCACAGUGAUCGACCCCCAGCAUUAUAUGACCUCCCAAGGCUACGCGCAAAGUGUGGUUGCCCCUGCAGCCCCACAGGUGUACAUGUCUCAGGUUUCCGCUCCUGAUGGGUAUGGUUCAGAGGUGGGAGGAGCUCAGGCCUACAGCUACGCACCCUCUCAGAGUUACGCACCGUCGCAGAGCUACGCUCCAUCUCAGGGCUACGCAUCCAGCUACACAGGCCACCGCUACUCCUCCCGCUCACGGAUGUCUGCCAUAGAGAUCGACAUUCCCGUGCUGACACAGUGACAGUAAGCAGCACAUUGAACCUCCUUAAAGUUCACCACUGAUUAAACUAAUAUAAUAUGAUAGAUAAAAAUGAAUAACAUUAAGAGCUAUUUACAGCCCCAAGAGUGAUUUAGUCAGUCAGUUCAGGUCUGUAAAUUGCUGAUAAUUGAAAGUGAAUCCCAAUCAAAAGAACCCUGGGGUUACUGUAUGAAGGAUGAGGUUUUCUUAAAAAUGAAAAUCACUAAAUCACUGGUGCAAACAACACUGUAUUUAGCUCAGUAUUGUAGAAAGGGAAGAAAAUAAAUAAUUUUCAGCCAAAAACACUGAAAGACACCACAACUAACUAACCUUUUAUUACUGUUUUACCAACAGAGAAGGACCACUAAACAAAUGGUAAAUGGACUUGCACUUGUAUAGGGCCUUUCUAGUCUUCCAACUAGUCUUAUGUGACACUACGAGUCAUAUUCACAAACACAUUCAUACACUAGUGGCUGAAGCUACCAUAGAAGGUGCCACCUGCUACUCAGUUUUUAACACACUCGCACACCGAUGGAACAGCCAUUGGGAGCAAUUCAGGGUUCAGUAUCUUGCUCAAGGAUACUUCGACAUACGGAUAGGAGGAGCCAGGGAUCAAACUGCUGAUCUGAAAAGUGAGCCACAGCCACCCAACAAUAGCUCCUGAUGUGCUCAAGUGUCCAGUGGACCAACUUACGAGCUACAAGCAAAUAGUUCCUAGCAUUGUCAUGUGACUAAAUAUAAAUUCUUGACUUAAGAUUAAAGAAGCCCUGAUGAUGGCUGCCAAAAGCAAGAGUCAGCUAAAUUCUUCUUUCUUUUUCUGUUACAUUUGUUUAUGUUGGACAGGUUAUAUUCAUAUUCAAAUGCAGGGUUCCUGCAGAUCCUUAGUAAGUCUUAAAAAUGCAUUUAAUUAAUUUAUCUUAACAUAAGGCCUUAAUUGGUUUUAAAAUGUCUUAAAUCAAUCUUUCAGAAGUCUUAAAAAAGCUCAGACAUAGAAGGAAUUUAUUAUUUGGGUUUUUUGUGAUGUUACUUUGUAAAAUCUCAAAAUAAUUGCCAAUAUCUUUCGCAUUAACAACAGCAUUGUCGGGAUGCUCAGAGCAGAGGCUCCACUGUCUGCUAGCUAGCUGUCACCGUUCCCUGGACGACAUGGGGACGUGCAAAUUCAGCAAUAAUUAGCUAUUUAACCAAGAUUUUGAAGCAUAGCUGAAACUGGAGCAAGGCAUUGUACAUGAGGCUCUGUGUAUUUUAUGCAAAAAGUUUUUCUCACUCAGCAGUGAAAUCCCACCUGCUGAGUGAGAAACUCAAAAUCACCAAGAAAACCUGCUGACAAACACCAGGUAUUUCCCAGUUCCCAGUUCUCCCCUCGUCUCUGCCACAAGACAAAAGAGCCAUGUUUCAUGUUACAAUAAUACUUAAGCAAAAUUGCCCCUUACUCUAAGUAAUUGAUGUUGGAUCUUUUUUUUUUUUACUUCAGUUUUGGUUAUUGUACCAUUGGUCUUAGAUUUAAUUCUGGCUAGCAUAAAAAAGUCUUAAAAGGCCUUAAGCUGUAGGAACCCUGCAAAUCACUUGUCACUUUUGCCUUUGUAAAGCCUACACUAUGAAAGUCUUAUGUCGUCACUACUGAACUUAAAACUGACUGCAUUCAACUUUAUCUUCUGUGCUUCUGAAUGGACACAAACUAACUGACUCACCUGUUAAUAUUUUUGUGCAAGAUGAAUCGUUAAUAACGUCGCAUUGCCCUGUGAAGAGCAUCUUGAAGUUUUUAAUGCACUAAUUAUGUGAAUACUGUGCCAGUUUACUUUGCCUUUGUUCACUGACUUUGUCAUAGCCUCGAGUAUUUCUUAACAUAUUACUUAAUCCUUUACUGUCAUGUACUUUUUUGAAGUGUUAUUGUCAUGACAGUGGCGCUAAGAACUUUGUUAGCUGUUGAAUUUAACGUACAGAUGUGGAAUUAAAUAUUAAGUAUGAGCUGUAAUGUUAGAACACUAACAGGAAUAAGAGUGCUGUCCAUCUGCACUCAACAUGUCCGCUGAUUGUUUUGCCAACUUAGCUGAAGUGUGACGCUGUUCAGUGGUGGUAGUAACUGUGAUUAAGCCAACUUUAACGUACAGUUUAAAUCCUGCCUUUUGUAUGCUUUGUUUAAUGAGCACUGAUCAACAUUUCUUUGAGUCUUCAUCAUGUCGUUCUACAAUGUUGAGGUCAAAUGUUUUUCUACACUGUCAUCUGUUUUUUGUUUUUAAUAAAACAUAAAUCACA